UUGCUAUAAAAUAAAAGAUCGUAAAGACUUGAGCAUUUCAUAUAAGCUGUAUUCUACCAAUCGUACCUCUCACGACUGAAGAUGAAGACUGUGCUACUCAUUGCUUCAGUUUGUGCCGUGAUUGUGAUAGCAGCGCAAGAAGUGUGUGGAGAGACCCAUUUUCACAAACUCUUUAAGAGAGUUCCAGCCCAUGGCGUACCUCGCCAAUUUCUGUUCAGCUGUGAAGGCAAAAAGAACGGAUAUCACGCCGAUAGAGCGCGCCUGUGUCACGUCUUCUACUUGUGUCUGGACGGGAAGAAAUUCCAAUACCACUGCGCGCAAGGUUACCUGUUCGACGAGGACUUAGGCCAUUGUUAUUACGAAGAACAAGUGUCGUGUGAAAUGGCGACAAUUCCUCCCCCGCCAACUACACAAGAGAGAAAAGUCGCUUUUCUCAGGCAUCCGACUGUAAUCGAAGAGUAGUAACAUGUUUGAAAGAUGGCAGGAAUGAUGGCAACAAAGACACUUAGCACCUGCCAUUGCCUGGCCUAAAAUUACAGAUUCAUUCCGGACAGUAAAUGUCAUAUCCAUCCUUUUUUUUAUAUACAGUAAUUUUUUUAUAUACGAUACCGGUGGACUUUGUACAAAGGUAAAUGAAAGUCCAAUAUUACCACUGAAAAUUAUAAAUACUGCUGAAGAUAACACAGACCAUAACUUGCUUUAAUAGCAUUGUGUCCUUGUAAAAAACGUUUGAUAUACAUGUAACUAAGAUGAAGAACUUGAUGUAAAACAAUGAAUUGUGAAACUCAUAUAGGGAUAACACGUUUCUAAAGUCAUCUCGAACAGUACGGAUAUGUUGACCUUGUAUAAUCAGCAUCUAGUGAAAAAGUGGCAGGUUAGUUUGUCGACCGAACAUAACCCUUUGAUCUCAUUUGCAUACGAAUGGUAAUCUCUUUCUUAAAUACUUGUAUUUUAUUAUAUUCAUUUAUUCUUAUUUUGUAAAUACGAUGUAUUUUGAUAAAUGGACUACAUUUGAUAUAUAAAGAUAAAGAACUGGUUAGGGCUGGUAUAGUAUUUUAUUAUUCAAUAAAAAGAUAAAGGACCGGUUA